AUGUUCAUGUGGGUUGCAGAGUUCAGUGAAGGUGUCACCACAGAACUCACAGACAUGACCAGUGCGCUUGUGGUUGAUGGGGAAGCAUUUAUAUCUCUUUUUAUAUUUUUAAAUUCAAUUUUUCUUAAAUCAAGGAUCACUGCUGAGCAUGAUAUCAAUCAAGAUUUAGAAAUAGAAGUCAAUAGUUUGGAAAAAGAAAAUAAUCUUAAACCAUCUUUUAAUAAAGAGAUUCCAAACAAUAAAAAACUAAAAUUUCCAAUUCAAAAUCAAACUAAAACAGCUUAUUACAAAAGAUAUAAAGAUGUAGAAACAAAUGUUGAAAUUGUCAAACUAUACAUUCAAGAGACAAAUGUUCAAUGGACUUGGGAUCGUCCCGAGAAAAAGAAAUGUCAUUUCACCAAUAAACGGGACUAUAUAAAACAACCUAUUUUAUUUGUUUCAGAUUCAAAUGAUAACAAUGACAAUGAUUGCGAAAUUCAAUGUCCUGGUAAAUCAAUGUCAGAAAGAGAGUCUUAUACAGAUGGGAGCAUAUUUCAAACAGGGAAAGGAAAUUGUGUAAAAUCAGUACAUUUCUCAAUGGAAAAUGACCAUGUAAAGAGAGCAUACGAUGUAGUAGCAGGAAUAUUUUUGGACUCUGAUGUACCACUUCCAAUGUUUGGUUGGGACCAAUAUACCUAUGCCGAAAAACCAUCACCAAAAGUAUUACUAUUUGCUAAAUAG